UGCCAAUGGUCUGCUAUUAAAUGAGGAAAAGACCCAGAAUAUGUGGUUCAGUCUAUCAAAGACUACAAAAAUAGAAAAACAAAAGGCAAAGUUUUUAGGUAUUGUACUUGACAACAGUCUAACAUGGAACUCUCAUGUUGAUCACAUAGUGGUUAGGUUGUCAAGAGUUAUAUAUUUGUUGAAGAGACUGAUGUGUUGUGUGACAUUUGAGUACGUAAGGACAGCGUACUUCGCCUUUUUUCAAUCUGUUUUAAGGUAUGGGUUAAUACUCUGGGGAAACAGCAGAAAAAUAAAUGAAAUUAUGGUGAUCCAGAAGAAAGCAAUCAGAGUAAUGGCUAAGGUAGAUAAUAGAACACAUUGUAAACCAUUGUUCAUUAAAUAUAGAAUUUUAACAGUAAUUAAUUUAUAUAUUCUUGACAGUGUUAACUACAUACUUGCUGAACUACCUAAUUUAAGUGUAACAAAUGAAAGGCAUGGCUACUAUACAAGAACGUGUACUUCUCUGCUGUUGCCACAAAAUAGAUUAGCUAAAACUAACAAUAGUCAUAAGUAUAUGUCAAUUAAAAUAUAUAACAAAUUGUCUAAAAAUGGUUCAAUCAAGCCUGACAAAUUAUUUAAAGAUAAUGUUCAUAACUUCUUGUUAACUAAUACAUUCUAUUCAUUAGAAGAAUUUUUAGAAAUGCCCAAUAUCAACUUAAAAAUGUAA